AUGGGUAUUAUUGAAGAAAAGGCUCUUUUUGUUACGUGUGGGGCAACGGUGCCAUUUCCAAAGCUCGUCUCAUGUGUGCUAAGCGACGAAUUCUGCCAAGAAUUGAUUCAAUAUGGAUUCGUACGUCUAAUCAUUCAGUUUGGGAGAAACUACAGUUCUGAAUUUGAGCAUUUAGUGCAAGAACGCGGGGGCCAAAGAGAAAGCCAAAAAAUUCCAAUUGACCAGUUUGGCUGUGGCGACACCGCAAGACAGUAUGUCCUGAUGAACGGGAAAUUAAAGGUGAUCGGGUUUGACUUUUCGACCAAGAUGCAAAGUAUUAUACGUGAUUAUUCAGAUUUGGUCAUAUCACACGCUGGAACGGGCUCUAUACUAGAUUCUCUACGGUUGAAUAAACCGUUGAUAGUUUGCGUAAACGAUUCUUUGAUGGAUAACCACCAGCAGCAGAUAGCAGACAAGUUUGUAGAGUUGGGCUACGUAUGGUCUUGUGCACCCACUGAAACAGGUUUGAUAGCUGGUUUACGUGCAUCUCAAACAGAGAAACUCAAACCAUUCCCAGUUUCUCAUAACCCGUCAUUUGAGCGAUUGCUAGUUGAAACUAUAUACAGCUAG